AUGACCUCCCGCGGCACGCUCUACGCUUACUAUGUAGGCGCCAUCGCCUGCAUCGCUGGCUUCCUCUUCGGAUACGACUCGGGCAUACUGACCUUCGCAGGCGGUGUCCUCACCUUGACCUCCUUCCAAGAUCACUUCAACUUCACCAAGGCCCAGAAGACUCAUGUCUCGUCGCUCUGUGUUUCCCUGCAGCAGCUUGGCGCCUUUGUCGCCUGCCCCCUCAGCAUUCCGCUGUCGCGCAAGUAUGGUCGCAAGUCUUCCAUCUUCGUCGGCUCCGUCGUCUUUUGCAUUGGCUCCAUGAUGCAGACCGUCCCUUCGCACAGCCUUGCCUGCUUCUACGUCGGCCGCGUCAUCUCCGGUCUUGGACUCGGCGCCAUGACGGUGGUCGUGCCCCAGUACAAUGCGGAGAUGUCGCCCAAGGAGAUUCGCGGUCGCCUCGGCAGCUUUUUCCAGAUGGCCUUCACGCUGGGAAUCUUCACGUCUUACUGGGUCGACUAUGGUGUGAAGGUCAACAUGGACAGCACCGAGAGUCAGUGGCAGAUCCCAGUCGGCCUCCAGAUCCUAUUCUCCGGCCUGCUCGCUCUCGGAAUGCUCACGGUGAAGGAAAGCCCUCGCUGGCUCAUCACCAAAGAUCGCUUGGAAGAGGCCAAAGCAAACCUCCAGUGGGUUCGCGCUUCGAACGGCCCGGAGGUUGCCGAUGAGCUCGCGGAGAUUUCCAUGGCGGUCAGAGCAGAGCAUCAUGCGACCGAAGGUCUUCACUGGACGGAAUUCCUCCAUGGCUCCGUUUUGAAGAGGCUCUCGGCUGCUUUCGCACUUUUCCUAGCUCAGCAAGCUACCGGUGCCACGGCUUUCGCGUAUUACAGCCCGCAGUACUUCAGCCUGCUGACUGGCGAUGACGAGACCCGCAGCCUCCUCUUGAGCGGCAUUUUCGGCGCCGUCAAAGUCAUUGCAUGUUUUGCCUUUGUCUGCCUUGCGGCCGACCGUUUCACCCGGAAGUUCAAUCUGGCGUCUGGCGCCUUUGCGAUGGCUGCGACUCAGAUCGUCACUGCGGCCGUCCUCAAGAACAAGCCCAUCGAUUCCGGCGCGGCUGAAGCUGUUCCGCCUGCUGCCAAAGCCACGGUUGCCAUGAUCUACCUCUUUGUGAUGAUCUACAACUUUUCUUGGGGCCCGCUGCCGUGGCCCUACUGCAGCGAGCUCUUUUCGAACCGUUAUCGUGAGGUCGGUGUCGCUGUCGGCGUGUCCAGUCAGUGGCUCUUCAACUUUGUGUUCACAAUCUCUACGCCAUACAUGAUUGAUAGCAUGGGCUGGGGCACCUUCCUUCUCUGGGGACUGUUCGACAUCAUUAUCGGGCUUGGCACUAUUCUACUUGCCACAGAGACCCGCGGUCUAUCCCUUGAGAAGUCCGGACAGCCUAAAGUCUUUAGGGAUGACAACGAAGCCAAGCUCGGCAACGUCUACCCUGGCCCUUCGUCCAUCUCUAGUGGCUCCGAUAAGAAGAAUGGGGGUCAGAUCAGGGAGAGCGACAUCUAG